GUUGCAGUGUCUCCCAGCUACGCACUUCCGUUGUCAACAACGAUGGCCUUCCCCAUCUGGAAAAUCUGAAUGUAGCUGCUGCAUGUCAGCAGCGCAUUUAAAGUGCCUCCUCCUAUACACAUGGAAUUCCACGAACAAGCGAUCUCAGACUCACUCAGAAUCAUAGCCACUAGUCCAACAGGCGAGAUGUUCGCGGCCAACACCAAGCCCUACAACCUCCCCGCCGAUACAACAUGGUUCAUCACCAGUUGCUCAAGCGGCAUAGGCAAAGCCUUUGCCCAACACAUUGCGAGCAAACCCUCUCACCGUCUCAUCGCAACGGCCAGGAACCCCAAUGACCUGUCCUACCUCCCCGACAACAACACCAACAUCCUGAAGCUCGCACUCGACGUCACAUCUCCCAACGCCAUCAGCUGCGUCUUCAAAACCUCCAUCGAGCGAUUCGGCACCAUCGAUGUGCUCAUUAACUGCGCAGGCUACGCGCUCUCUGGCGACACCGAGUCCGCAACCGAAGCCGAAUCGCACGAGAUCAUGGAAACCAACUUCUUCGGCACAGUAAGAACCACACUCGCCGUUCUCCCGCACAUGCGCGAAGCAGGCAGAGGUGGGUUGGUUAUGAACAUCUCCUCCGUUGCUGGCGUCUGCGCCUUCCCGGGUCACGCAUUUUACCAUGCGUCCAAACACGCAGUCGAAGGCUGGACGGAGUCUCUCGCCAAAGAAGUGAGUCAGGAUUGGGGUAUUUCGUUUUGCAUUGUUGAGCCUGCAGCUGUGAAGACGAAUUUUGAGGGGCAUAGUAAGAAGAACACGAGUCCGCAUCCGGCGUAUGCGAAUCCGAAGAUGCCUGCUAGGAUUCUGCAGAGGUAUGUCGAUGCCGGUUUGAAACAGGGUGUUGGUAUGGAGCCGGAAGAUGUUGCGAGGGUUUUGUAUGACGUCGCAAAUAAGGGGGAGAACGUGCCGCUGCAUUUGCCGUUGAGUAUGAAUGCUUUUGGACUGAUCAAGGGGGCUUUUGAGGGGAGGUUGAACGCGUUGGAGGAGGUGAAGAGUGUUAGUGGGAGUUUGAGUUGACUCAACGUGCUUGUCUUCCUAGAAUGGUCAAAUGCUAUAUCACUCGGACGUGCC